AUGCCACCAAGAAGAAAGCGACUGCUCGAGACGACCGGCAGCAAUAGUUCAGAAUACAACGAUAACGAUCCCAGGCCGACAAAGCGAACCACACGGCAGACACAAGCUCGCGCUCGCGCUCACAGCAGCCAGGAGUCUGCCGAUGACUCGGAAGCGGCCGCGUCCCAAGCGAGUGCUAGGAACACAGACUUCGAGGAUGAUCAGCUCACCGCUAGCACAGUCGCCAGGCAGAUCACGGAGACACAGCAAACUAUCUUGCAAGACCUAAAAGGAGCACAGACUGAGGGAGAAGAAGAUAGAGACACGUCUGCCCAGAGCGAAGAAGAUCUCGCCGGGGACGCCCCAGAUGUCUAUAGUCGGGUUAUAGCGUCCAGCGGUGGCAGCAAAGAGGAGCAGAGGCUCUUCCAGGCCACCGAGACCCUGUUUCACGCCUGCAAGUCGACGCUAGCCAAUUACCAAAGUGUCAAACACGUCAACCAGGAGAAGCUGGAUGGUAACGAGCAGCCACCAGACGAUGGAAGCAGGCUCCUAGAUGACAGCGAGGCCAAAUGGUUGGAAGAUACGCAGAGCCUCGAUCAGAUUGUCGAUUUCGCACACAUCUGGGCCAAGCACAUCGCGAUUUGCAUGAUCACGGAGGAACGGCCGCGUGAUCCUGGCACCGAGGGCCUUGAUGAGAAAGGGGAGAUGGCCAUAGACAGCUUCAAGAAGAGUGGCGGCGCGGCCAGCGGCACUGGCAGCUGGGGCAAAGCCCGCGGGGUGCAGGUGAAGGCGCUUCGCAUGCUUGCAACGGGAUCUGAUGCGCAGGAUGGGCGACAGGUGGACAACGCUACGUAAUGAGUUUGAAGCCAGUGUGUUUGAGCAUAUACCCUAUAGUAAUGCUGCGCAAGACAGACGGAAGGAAAUAAUACGC